GUUAUGCCGUCAAAGAGGAGCUACAAGAUGAGUUGCAGGUCCCAAGUUUUCGUUUGCGGCUGCUGCAGCGAAACGACAUGGUACCAGACAAGAUGUCUUGGGAAGAGUUGGGAAAGCCUGAAGAAUUACAGCUGGUGAUUCUGCCCAUUGGCAACGGCUCGGAAGAGAAGCUCUUGGAGGCGGCCGAACAAGGCGAUGGCAAGCUGGUGAAGCAGCUCCUGGCAGAGCCUGCGGAUCCCAACUGCCUGGACAAACAGACGCAUAAGUCGCCCCUUUUGAAGGCCAGUGCUCAGGGCCACCUGAAGGUGGUGAAACUGCUGAUCAAGGCCCAGGCCAGCCUGGAUCUAAGGGACGGCCGCCUUGAGACUCCCCUGAUGGCUGCCUGCAGCCACGGGCAUUUGGAGGUGGCCCAGUGCUUGCUUUCUGCAGGCUGCAAGAAGGAUGAGACGGAUGAGCAUGGCCGGACGGCUUUGAUGAUGGCAUGCACCGCAGGACAUUUGCAGGUGGUUCGCCUUCUUUGUGAAGAAGGAAGUGACAAAGAUGCCGUGGACGCCAACGGGCGUACAGCGCUCCACUGUGCAGUGACGCAUGCGUGGGAUCAGGUGGUUCAGUACCUGCUGGAGCAGCGGGUGGACAAGGACGUUUUGGACCACCAGGGACGCUCGUGUCUGCACGAGGCGGUGAUUUCUCCGAGGACCUUUGGAGCGGUCCGCUGUUUGGUGGAUGCUGGGGUGGAUAAACACCGCGCUGAUGCGGAAGGGCGUACUCCGCUCUACGAGGCGGCGUGUCACGGCCAUAAGCAAGUGGUUGCUUAUUUGAUUCAGCAUGGUGCCGAUGUAGACGCGGCCGAUGCAAAUGGGAAGACCUCCUUGUACAUAGCUUGUCAGUGA